AUGCUCAAAAAAAGUCAAUCUAUGCCCAAACGAGAAGCAUUGUCAGUAGAUGAGCAGAUAUGCGCUACUAAAGCCUCUAAAAUGCUGCGCCAAUAUCUACCUAAUAAGCCUCAAAAAUGGGGGUUUAAACUGUUGGUGCUAUGUGAUGAUCGAGGAUUUGUGUACGACUUCAAAAUAUACAUUGUAAUGGAGAAUAAUUCAGAUCUGAGGCUUCCUAAUGAGCCUGACUUGGCCUAUUCCCAAGGAUUUACAAGACGACAAGGAAAAUCUAUACAAAUACCAUCAUUGGAAGAUCUAGAAAGUAGCAAAAAGAAAAGAGGAUAUUCGGAGAAAUGGGUAGGCAAUGUAAAUGGCACAGAUAUUGUCACAGUUAUGUGGUAUGAUAACAAACCAGUGGUGCUGUCUUCAUCUUUUGUAGGAAAAUACCCUACUCAAAAAAAAAGUUGGGGAGAUGCGACAAAGAGCUACACCGCUGAAAUUGAAAGACUUCAAAGUUUGAAGUACUCUCUGUUUAAUUCUAUACCCAAUAGUCUUUAA